AAGAUCAUGGUUUCUCCUUCUCUUCUUCGUCUUUCCAAACAACCACUCAUGGCUUCUCUUCUACAUCCUUCUCUCCUGCUCUCCAAGCCUUCUCCUUUCUCUCCUCCUUCGCUCCAUCGCUCCUUCAUCUACCCCGUCACCCGAGAACUCCAUCUCCCCGGCAUCUCUCCGAGCCACAAACACGGAAAGCUCUUGAUUUGCGGAGCAACACUCGAGGAACCGCCGGUGUUCGAACCUCCUCCCCUGCCCUCGCCUCCGGCCGAACUUGUUGCCUCUUUGAAGCUGAACUUGUUGAGUGCUGUUUCUGGACUCAACAGAGGUCUCGCAGCCAGUGAAGAAGAUCUAAAACGGGCUGACUCUGCAGCCAAGGAACUUGAGGCUGUUGGAGGACCUGUAGAUCUUUAUAAAGAUCUGGAUAAGCUCCAGGGAAGAUGGAAACUUAUCUAUAGCAGUGCUUUCUCCUCUCGCACUCUUGGCGGAAGCCGUCCAGGGCCUCCUACCGGAAGGCUGCUGCCUAUAACUCUUGGACAGGUCUUCCAACGAAUCGAUAUCUUUAGUAAAGAUUUUGACAAUAUUGUUGAGCUCCAGUUGGGUGCACCAUGGCCACUGCCACCACUCGACCUAACAGCUACUUUAGCUCAUAAAUUUGAAAUUACAGGUACUGCAAGUGUCAAGAUUAUAUUUGAGAAAACUACUGUGAAGACUAUAGGAAAUCUCUCACAGCUUCCGCCAUUUGAAAUUCCACGGAUUCCCGACGCUUUGAGACCUCCAUCCAAUACAGGGACCGGAGACUUCGAGGUAACAUACCUCGACUCAGACACUCGGGUAACUCGAGGUGACAGAGGGGAGCUUAGGGUGUUUGUAAUCUCGUAACACCGGGGGAAAAUUCGUAUUUCUGUGAUCUUGUCUUGUAUCUUCAAUAAAUUUCAAGAAAUUUCACAUACUCUUCUUGUAAACUUCCUUUCUGUAAAUGUGAGUCAUUCAUUAAAAAUGUUCUCAAAGUCUGCA